AUGUGCAACGACACGGAAGGCAACCUGUUGACAGACAAGACUGCGGUGGCGGCUAGGUGGAAGGAGCACUUCCAGCAGCUGUUGAACGGUGAGGCACGAGAGGGAAUCGUCGAGGACAGGAUACACGUUGAGGAAGAUGGAAAAGCUGUGGAACCGCCUACGUUGGAGGAAGUAGCUAAGGCUGUUAAAGAGCUCAAGAACGGGAAAUCCGCGGGAAAGGACGGACUUCCGGCCGAACUUUUCAAGCACGGGGGUACGCGGAUGACCGAGAUUCUGCACCAAAUCAUCCUACGCAUUUGGUGCGAAGAACAGCUUCCGACCGACUGGUUAGACGGGCUCGUCACCCCAAUCUACAAGAAAGGGCAAAGACUCGAUUGUGCCAACUAUCGAGGCAUCACAAUCCUCAACGCAGCGUACAAAGUACUCUCCCGCAUCCUGUGGAGCAAGCUGAGACCGAUGACCGAGACCUUUGUCGGCGAAUACCAGUGCGGUUUUCGAGCGGGUCGGUCAACGACGGAUCAGAUGUUCACUCUGCGACAAAUCCUCGACAAGUUCCGGGAGUACAACCUGCAAACACACCAUUUGUUCAUCGACUUCAAAGCGGCGUACGAUUCGGUCAAAAGAAACGAACUUUGGAAGAUUAUGGUAGAACACGGCUUUCCGGCGAAGCUUAUAAGACUGAUUCGUGCAACGCUCGACGGAGCAAAAUCAAGCGUGCGAAUAGCCAACGAGACAUCUGAAGCUUUCGUUACGUUGGAUGGAUUGAAGCAGGGCGAUGCUCUCUCGAACUUACUGUUCAUCAUAGCGUUGGAGGGUGCUGCUCGAAGGGCAGGCGUGCAAAGAAACGGAACACUCAUCACUAAAUCGCACAUGCUGCUUGGAUACGCUGACGACAUCGACAUCAUUGGUAUCGACCGUCGUUCAGUGGAGGAGGCGUUCGUCCCUUUCAAGCGGGAAGCUGCGAAAAUCGGACUGACCAUCAACACUGCCAAGACCAAGUAUCUGGUCGCUGGCAGAGCGCGUGGCAGUGCAGGUGAUGGUGUUUCGGAGGUGGAAAUAGAUGGAGAAAGAUAUGAGGUGGUGGAUGAAUUUGUAUAUCUUGGUACACUCGUGACGUGCGACAACGAUGUGAGCUGCGAAGUGAAACGGCGGAUUAGUGCUGCAAACAGGGCCUUCUACGGACUUCGUAGCCAGCUAAGGUCCCGCAGCCUAAGGACGCCUACGAAAAUCACGCUGUACAGGACCUUGAUACUCCCUGUAGCUCUUUACGGUCACGAGUCGUGGACGCUAAAGGAGGCUGACCAGAGAGCACUUGGGGUCUUCGAGCGGAGAAUCCUGCGUUCUAUCUUCGGCGGCAAGCAAGUAGGAGACCGGUGGCGCAGGCGCAUGAACUUCGAGCUGUACCAAGACUACAAACAUGCUGAUAUCGUAAAAGUCAUCAAGCACGACAGGCUGAAGUGGGCUGGACAUGUAGCCAGAAUGUCGGACGAGCGGGCGGCUAAAACGAUAUUCAGUAGCGAACCUGGACGGGGUCGUCGACUUCGUGGAAGGCCUCGUACGCGUUGGCUGUGUGCAGUCGACGAAGAUGCAAGAGCGGCCAACAUUGUGGGCGACUGGAGACGAGCGGCCCAAGAUCGAGCAUCCUGGAAAUCUUCGAUUAGUUCAGCGUUGGGUCGAUAG